CAACUCAUUAGUUUCGCUUAUCUCUCCAUCGCAUAAGGUACGACUUUGAACAGUAGUUAGUGUUCUUGAACGCAGUAUGUACCUUUUGUUUCGGUUGAUAAUUUUCGUCUUUUUGCGGGUGCUUCAACUGGACCUGAUUAGCGCCACCUACCAAUGUGGAAUGCGGAAGCAUGGAUUUGUGCCUUUGGUGCAUCACGGCUGGAAGCUCGAGGAUGGAGCGUGGCCAUGGCAUGUGGGCGUUUUUCAUAAACAGCCACGCGACACUCUUCGCUAUGAAUGCGGUGGAAGUUUGCUGAACGAGAGGUACGUCCUGACGGCGGCACAUUGCGCCGUGAAGCGAAAAACCGCACGUCAAUUGCCAACGAGCAUUUUCGAGUUGCAUCUUGGACAGCAUAAUUUGUCCCAGGUUACCGAUCAGGUGCAGAUUCGGGAUGUCAGCAAGGUGCACGUCCAUCCGGAAUAUUCCACUCUGAAGAACGAUAUGGCAUUACUGGUGAUGAGACUGGCUGUCGUUUACACCGACUAUGUGAUUCCAAUCUGUAUCGAUCAGAGGUCUGAUCUGGACCUGAGAGAUAUUGGAGGUCACCGUGGAUGGAUUACCGGAUGGGGUAUAACGGAAAAGGGGAAUAUUUCGGAUGUGCUGUACAGUGCGCCACUAUUGGUGGUAAGCUUCCAGACGUGUGUCAGGAGCGAUCCGAUUCUGUUUGGACAACUGGUGGAUGAAAACAUGUUUUGUGCAGGAGAUCGAAAUGGGACCAGCCCGGGAGGAGGCGACAGUGGCGGCGGAAUGUAUUUUCAUGAUGGCGAUAGAUGGGUUUUGAGAGGAGUGGUCUCUUUUGCCAAAAUAAACCCAUCAACGAAGGAGGUUGACACAUCGAAGUAUUCAGUGUUCACCAAUGUUCGCCGUUAUUUGUCGUGGAUCCAUGAUGCUAUGACUGAAGAUGAACCCCAAGCAGUUCGUGGACCGAAACGCAUUAGUGAGAGAGAAUGCGACAGGUUUCAAAAACUGACCGCCAGGCGGAAAACUGGAGAAUGUGCCAAUAUGAGAAACCCGCAUUCGAUAUUAAUUUCAUAUACAGGAAAUCCCGAUUUGUUAAAAUGCAACGGUGCCCUUAUCAGCGAAAAUUAUGCCAUAACAACAUGCCUUUGCACACGUUUCAGCACGCCAGCGCAAGUACAGAUAGAUGGAUACGGUAGCGUUGAUAUUCUGGAUUUCGAAUGUCACCCGGAGUUCGUAGUAAGUCCAAAGAUCCAUGAUUUGGCAAUCGUUAAGCUGGAGAAACCUGUCCGGCUUUCCAGCCACGUAAUACCCGCCUGUUUGGCAAACAACUGGACGGAGAAUCUCUACGACACUCUCGUACAAACGGGUGUCGGAAUGAACAAAACCACAGGUGCCAAGCAAAUAUUCGAAUCUGACGAGAAUGAGUUCAUUACGGAGCAACGGUGCAAAACGAUAUUCGGACUGCAGGACGAUCCCGUGACACGGCCUGGUGACAUAUGUGUCAUCAAUACCGAUCCGCUGAGGAUUGGCCUUCGCGGGGUGUUGGGAUCACCUCUGCAAUCGGUCAACCGACGUACCUGUAUGUCAACCGUGGUCGGAUUGCUUGAUUUCACCAUAGUGAGUCCAAAGUGGCCAAAGGAUAACCCCUGGAUCGAUGGAUAUGUGCGUAUUUCCUACUAUCUGGACUGGAUAGAGGGGAUUGUGUGGGGAAAAGAAGUUUCUGAAAUUCCCAUUAUCGCUUCAUCGCGAUCGGUCCCACUUUACAGUAACAGUACUCUCGUGUUCAAAAUGAAUUUCCUACAUCGGUUGAUAAUUUUUGCUGUAUACCAACUGCUUCAAGUGGACCCGUUUGCCCUCGCUUACCAUUGUGGAACUCGCAAGCACGGCUUCGUCCAACUGGUGUCGCACGGUUGGAAAGCCGAGGAAGGCGAGUGGCCAUGGCAUGUGGCCAUUUUUCAUAAGCAACCUCGUGAAAAGCUCCGAUACCAGUGCGGCGGAAGUCUGCUGAACGAGAAACACCUUCUGACGGCGGCCCAUUGCGUUGUGAACCGCAAAAAUAGGCGUCCGAUGCCGGUUGCAAUAUUUGAGCUGCAUCUUGGGCAGCAGAGUUUGUCCGUGGUCGGCGAUCCAGUGCAGAUCCGGGACGUCAGCAAAGUGCAUGUCCAUCCGGAGUAUUCUGCCCUGCGGAACGAUGUGGCACUGCUGGUGAUGAGAUUGGCCGUCGUCUUUACGGACUACGUGAUCCCGAUCUGCAUCGAUCAGAGGGUUGCCCAAGAUCUGAGCAAUCUGGAAGGUCAACGUGGAUGGAUUACGGGGUGGGGUACGACCGAGACGGGCAACGUUUCGGAAGUGCUUAAUACGGCGUCACUGUCGGUGGUGAGCUACCGGAAGUGUACAGAAAACGAUCCGGUUUUGUUUGGAAAUCUGGUGAAUGAAAAUGUGUUCUGCGCGGGGGAUCUGAAUGGAACCAGUCCUGGAGGCGGUGACAGUGGCGGCGGAAUGUAUUUCUAUGAUGGCGAUCGAUGGAUUCUGAGAGGAGUUGUUUCUUUUGCGAAGAUAGAUCCCUCAACCAAAGUGAUUGAUACCUCGAAAUAUUCGGUUUUCUCAAAUGUUCAACGAUAUUUGACCUGGAUUAAGGAAGUCAUGGCUGAAAACGAACCUCAAGCAGCUCAAAGGCCGAAGCGAAUCAGUGAAAAAGAAUGCGAUAGAUUCCAGAAAAUGGCGGCCAAACGCAAAACCGGAGAAUGCGUUAACUCGAGACACCCGCAUUCAAUAUCAAUUUCCUACUCCGAUGGAGAUCCCAAGCUAAUGAAAUGCAAUGGUGUUUUGGUUAGCGAAAGCUUUGCUAUUACAAUUUGUAUUUGUACUAGAUUCGCCACACCGGAUCAAAUACAGAUAGAUGGAUACGGCAGUGUUGAUAUCCUGGAAGUCACGUGUUACCCGGAGUUCGUAAUGAGUCCCAAGAAUCAUGAUUUGGCUGUCGUUAAACUAAAAACACCGGUCCAGCUUUCAAGUAGUGUGAUACCAGCCUGUCUGGCCAGCAAUUGGACAGAGAAUCUAUACGACACUCUCGUGCAAACCGGUGUUGGAAUGAACGCAACCACAGGUGUCCAACAAAUCUUCGAGUCUGAGGAUAAUGAAUUUAUUACGGAAGAACGAUGCAAGAAGAUUUUUGGUUUGGAAAACGAUCCCGUUACCCGACCUGGUGACAUGUGUGUCAUCAACACCGAUCCGUUGCGAAUCGGACUUCACGGGAUAAUGGGAGCGCCUUUACAGUCAGUCAACAGACAAGCCUGCCUGUCUACCAUUGUGGGUUUGAAGGAUUUCGUUAUAAUGUACGACACGUGGCCCAAAGAUCUACCAUGGGUAGAAGGUUACGUGCGAAUUUCGUAUUACCUGGAUUGGUUAGAGCAGAUCAUCUGGAACGAAGAACUUCAGCCAAGAGGUUUGACUGCUACGGAAAAUCUGUUAGUGGAACAGAAUACAGAAACAUCGUCCACAACUCCUAUUGAAGGAAUUUUCAACAAGGAUUUCGUGUUUCCUGAUCAAUUGGAAAACUGGAUUCUUAGAUUUAAUAAAACUGUGUGAAUCAGAAAGUCUAUAAAAGUCACAAUUAACAAAAUUCUUUAAAUAAAUAUAGAUGACAUUCAAUACAAAACCAAAUUAAAAAUUCAUUGAGAACCGAUAUUCUGCAGCGAGUAGCCGCGCUCGCGGAACGCCACAACAUCUGUCGACCACACCGUCAUCGUCCUGGUAAAUGGUCUGCUGUCCCGCCGGAUGUUCCUGAUGGUACGGCACUGCGAACACCCAGCGAAUCGCACAGCAGCGUGUGGGGAGAAAAAAAAGCGGCAAGGCGGCGCAGAAAAAAAAACCAGGGGAAUUCAAUCACGUACGGUUUAUUAUCGCUAUUAACACAAAGUGUUGCCAUAUUUAUAAGGCGAUGAGUUUUACGGGGUGGUUUCGUUGUUUCUGAAUUGCUCUACAACCAACAGGCACUGGACGUAUCGCCUUAAAAAAAAAUGCCGUUAAAAAAAAUGUCGGAGUUCAUCGUAGAAAGGACCGAGCAAAAUUGAAAAAAAAAAUGCGAAUAGAAAAAAACACGGUAAUUAGUCACCCGCGAAUAACCAACAGGGAUGGAGAGAGACGAACAGAACCCAGGGCAAGAUUAACGACCCGCUGAAAGGUGGCGUUUGUUGCCUGUUGGUUUAAUUAAGGACUCAAAAACAAAUCGUUAUUGCACGACCAGAGCGGUCCACCGGUGGUGGAAAAUUGGAUGGGGGCUCGUAUCGUGGCAGUGGUUCAAGUGUUUUGGCAAGCCAUCGCAAAAUAAGUGUAACGAACUUUAUUUAAUUAAUUAAAUUUGUGAAGUAUCGUAGACCGGGGGUCAUGGAUUUUGUUUUAUUUGCCAAUUAUUUAUUCAAACCUC